CCCAUCUUUGUUUGUGUGUGAAACGAGGUGAGCAGGGUGCAGCAAUAUCAAUAGAAUGCAGACGGGGGAGAAGAAAAAAACAUGGGACUCGAUUCGUUUCAGGCGAGAACAGUAAGUGCUCUAUCACUGCCAAAUGCUCUGUCUUUGUCUCACAUACAUGUGCAGUAUUUAUUGUGCUGUCGAGAUCCACUUUUAUAACCAUCAUCAUCAGUCUGUUAUUUCUCUUCCCCAGCAUGACGCAUUGGCAAAAGGGUCACCCAGUUAUUUUCCCACAUCUGCACACAGACCACUGGAGCAAAAUGAAAACAACGGUGAAGUGAUUACAAAAACAAUAACCUUUAAACUCAAAGCUAUUUAUCUGAAAAAAUUACAAAUACCUUUGUAGUUGUGUGAAACUAUGCCAAAUUAUUUCCAUCUAGGUUCCAGUUUAUCUUGCAUCAGUUCCUGUUGCUUUGUUAGAAGACAGAGGUUUGUGAAAGUUACCCAGUUUCACAGCUUAUAUCUUUGGUGGCCGAGAACCGCCACUGCUGCAAAUAAAAAAAGAAUGCAAAAAAAAGAGGUCACAACAGAUGUUACCAAUGCAAAAAAAAAAAAAAAAAAAUCGAAGCCCGCUGCAAAUAAAAAAUAAACUGUGCAGAUGAAAAAAAAAAAAAAGCCACAACAGAAGUUAAUGACGCAAAAAAAAAGUGGCGAUGGAAAAAAAAGUAUAUUGACUCAGGCGCUACAUAGCCUAAACAUAAAAAAGAACACAAAGUGAAAUUAAACAAUAAACUUUCCACUUACUUCUUUGCUCGUCUUUUCACUGUCGUCUUCUGUGCCUAGAUCGUAAAACACCGGUGCAUCAUCAUUAUUGGUCGCUGGCAGCUCACCUCCUACGUGGCUUUUUUUAUUUGCAUCCUUUUAUUUUUGCAGUAAGUGUACUUUUUUUUGCAUCGCCGCGUUUUUUUUGCGUUGUUAACUUCCAUUGUGACUUCUUUUUUUUAUCUACACCGUUUCUUUUUUAUUUCCAAUGGGCUUCGGUUUCUUUUUUUUUUUGCAUCAGUAACUGCUAUUGUGGUUUUUUUUUUUUUUUUUUUUUGCAUUCCUUUUUAUUUGCAGCAGUGGCAGUUCUCGGCCACUGUAUAUAUCAAAUUAAAAACCAGCAAAGAGAGAGUCUUGUUUAGAGGGUGUUGUUUCUUUGUUUUAUUGCAUACUUUAAAGUAUUUGACUCACACAAAGAAGGAGGAGAAGCUCAACACCACACAACCACCAGGAGCCCAUUACCUCCUCUUACCUGUGAUGAAGACGAUAAAUCUGGUAGGCUUCUGCAAGAUUCUGGUAGGAAUCAUACAAACAUGAUUUUGUAUACAGCCAUUUGUUUCUCUAUCUUUUCAUGAUCGACUGUUCUUCUGUAGGCAUGCAUCAGAGCAAACCAAGCACCUCUCCUCAAAACAUGCCCCAGUACAGGAAUGUAUACAAUGACCGUGCCAGAAGAGACUUCUGCUAUUGGUUCAUUGACAAGAGGGGCUUGGCAUGUAUGUACUAAUUCAAACCCUGACUGCAUAAGUAUGUCACCCAUGCUAUAAGUACUGCUUUGGUGUGAUAUUCACACUGAGCCAUGGUAAACAGGUGUUAGAUCCAACUCAUAAAUCUUUUGCAUUGCUGACCCUAAUUCGACCAACAAACAGGUCACUUCACACCUCCCCACUCUGUCCUACUGUCUGACCUGGUGAACUGGUAAAAUAUCAACACUUGUUGAUAAUUAUUCUCACCCAACAAUUCCAGAAAUUUAAGUCUGGAUGCAGAUUAUAUUAUUCAUGUCUGAACUUGUAAUAAUGAUCAGAAUCGGAUGCAUUUAAGAAUAGAAAUAGAAAUUCCUCUCCAUACUACAAGCAGUAUCUUCAAGUGUGGCAACAAUGUGUCUUUGGUUUGAAAUAAUAGUUAACUUAUUUAUUGAUUUACAAAAUUAUCAGAACAUCAAUGAACCUUUAUUUCUUGCUGACAGGUAAAGGACACAGCUUUGGUGCCUACAAAACCUACCUUGGAUUACCGAAGGUCUAAGAAGUGUCACAAAUCAGCAUCUUUAACAUUCUGACCCCCUUUAAAAAAAUACUCUGUAAUUAAUUAAUUCUACUUGAAGGUGAGGACUCAUUUAUCCCCCCCCACCCCCCCCCCCCCAACACAAGUGUAUCCAUGUUUAAAAAGUUGUCAAGUUUAUCCUUUUACUCUUUGGAAUAUAAUAAUUAUAAUACUUUGGCAUUUAAAAUUGUAAGUAGAACACUACAUUACAUUGUUUUAGUCUAAAUAAAAACUCUAUGAACAUCUCA